AUCAAGGCGUGAGAUAACUCACUCAUGUCCUUUGCACCACUGGACUAUGCCCCGGGGGCUUCUACAUGGUAUAACUAUUCGUAUGUAUAGCAUUGUUGGGUUUGAAAGAUGGAAAAAUCUAGAAGAGUAUACGGACAUCCAACAUCUGUACAUAGAAGGUGGUUCCCACAAAAAAACAUUAUUUUACUAUAAUUUUACAAGUAUAAGCUGCCAAUAUAAAGGAAUAGUCGACGUCCGUAUUCAUUUCUAGAAGGCCAAAUUUGUGAGCUUCAAUUCAAAUGGAACAUUCCAUUAAGUAUAUGUUAAACAAAGACCAAAUCUUACACUAUAAUAUAAAAACACAAGAAACUGCCAACCAUCCCACCACAUUGAUCAUUACAAAUUUCAUUAAACUUUCGAAUUGGAGCCCGACAGACAUGGGUUUAUUAAAGCCUUGUCUAUAUUUUGGGAUGAUUUUUGUUAUAUUAAGUUUUGCAUCUCGAGAAACUACAAGAGCAGAAGCUAGGCCACUUCCCUUGCCACCUCAACAAAAGUACUCGAAGAUUUUUGCAACUCUUGGAGUGGUUUGUCAGUGCUGUGAUGGAGCUGUUGGUGGUUCUUCUGGUGGAGGAGAAUGUAAAGAUACUUGGGUUGGAUCUUGCUCCAAGCUCCGCUGUCUUCCAUGGAAAUUGCAAUAGCCUGUGUACAUGUAUUAUAGAUAGACAUCUUUCCAUUCAUUUAACACAGAUAUAUAUACAGGAAUGUGUAGGAUCUUUCUUUACCUUUUUUUUUCUCUUUGUUAAUUUUUCAAUCGAGAAAUCCAUGAGUCAGGAUUGUGUUAUACUGCUGAAAGGACCGAUAGAAAAAGAAAUCCGACUCCAUGUCUUGACCAUGUAUGAAACAAAAGUGAAUUCGAUAAUCAACAUGAAAUUUUGCUAA